AUGACAUCCGCCACCAACACCAACACCAACACCAUCACGGUGACUCUCACCCAACUGGCCAAGAUGAUCGACCACUCCCUCCUUCACCCAACAAUGACAGAUGCCGACAUCGUCAACGGAUUACGUAUUUCAAAGGAAUGCAACGUCGCCACCGCCUGCGUGAAGCCAUACCUCAUCCCCCUCGCCAAACGCGAGCUCGCCGGCUCCGACGUCAAGGUCUGCCCGGUAAUCGGAUUUCCCCACGGCAAUAGCACGACGGAAAUCAAAGUUAUCGAAGCGAGCGCCGCAGCCGACGCGGGCGGCGUGGAGAUUGACAUGGUCGUGAACAUCGGCAAGGUCCUCGGUGGAGACUGGGAAUACGUGAAAGACGAGAUUGCCGCGAUCAACACGGCAGUUGUCAGCCGGGGCGCAAUCUUGAAGGUAAUCUUUGAGAACGACUAUCUCCGGCCAGAGCAUAUCAUCCGGUUGUGUGAAAUCUGUACGGAAAUCGGUGUCGCGUUUGUGAAGACCUCGAGUGGGUAUGGAUUCGUCAAGCAGCACGACGGGUCAUAUAACUACCUGGGUGCGACGGUGUCUGAUCUCAAGCUUAUGCGACAACACUCGGGACCCGAGGUGCAGAUCAAAGCGGCUGGUGGAGUUCGGUCGCUUGAUGAUCUGUUACAUGUGAUGAGUCUGGGAGUCACAAGGAUUGGCGCGACAGCCACAGUGGCCAUCUUGGAAGAUGCGAAGAAGAGAGGUAUUGGGAUGGAGCCCACAACGGUUGAGUUCAAGCCGAUGUUUGAGAAGGCCGGGGGUUAUUGA